AUUGACAUUUUCUGACAGAAGAAAACAAACUCAACGACAACACAGUCGAGUGUUUAUAAAACUCUCGCUUUAAAAUUGUAUUUACUGAGUCGAAAUUUGUAUAAAAACUGUUUGAAAAUAUAAGAGUUGGAAACUUUUUCGUUCUUUGAAAAGGAAACGUCGUUUGCGCCCAUAUCAAUGAUGCCUGGAAGAUUAGGACUUCCGAUUGCUCAAGAGAACCCUCUUUGGAUAUCCUGGCACGAUUCCAACUGGAUACCAAUUCUGAAUCCGGCGAAUAUUAUGGAAUACUUUUCUGAAAAAUCGAAUCCUUUCUAUGACCGCACCUGUAACAAUGAGAUUGUCCGGAUGCAGCGGCAAAGCCUUGAGCUAUUAGGAAACAUGACCGGUGUGGAAUAUAUACUGCUGCAUGUACAGGAUCCCAUCCUGUAUGUCAUUCGAAAGCAGCACAGAUACAGCCCGACGGAAGCAACUCCACUUGCGGAUUAUUACAUUAUUGCCGGGACGGUUUACCAAGCACCGGAUUUAGCGAGUGUUUUCAACUCAAGGAUUCUGUCCACCGUGCAUCAUUUACAAAGUGCUUUUGAAGAAGCCAGUUCGUAUUCGCGAUACCAUCCUAGCAAAGGAUAUUCAUGGGAUUUUACUUCUAAUAAGGCGCUUGCAGAAAAAAACAAAUCCGAGAAAAGUAAAGAGACACCAGCUAAAGAGGAACCGAGCUCUCUAUUUCAACGGCAACGCGUGGACAUGCUCUUGGGCGAUUUAUUGAGGAAAUUUCCUCUUCCACUUCCCCAAAUGCAUCAGACACAGAACGCAUCCCACCAGAACCAAAAUGGAAACACUGGCACGAACAACGCAGAUGGACACGAUUCGGUGAACAUUAAACAGGAACCUGUUGAACAUGCCUCGAUUGAUCCGAACGAUACUGGCGCGGGUCUUCUUAUAUCAGGCAUUAAGGAAGAGACCCGCAGUGAUAUGAAACCUCCACCGGAGAAGAAAAUUAAGAUGUAAAAUUUUUGUAUUACACAAUCCACAAUUUCAUGUGCACAUUAAACAACGCUACCUUAAAUCUUAUGCAA